AUGAGUAAUCAUAGUGCAGCUUAUGGAUCUCGCGAUCAGAGAAGGGAGAAGUACACUCAAGGGAAAGAAUUCGAUGACGGUACAUUAGAAACACUAGAAAGUAUGAUCGUUGCCCUCGAAGAUGAAACCCUCUCAAAAGAUUAUCAACCUCUGAUAGUGUUUUUCCAAAAGGGAUUUGGUGCUCAAUCGGUACAGGCUUGGUCAUAUUAUGCCCAGGUAAAUAACCACGGAAAGUUUUCGAAAACAACCACACUAAUAACUAAAACCAUACAGGUUUUAUCAUCUGAUAUUAGUACUUUGGUCAUUGGAAGCAGUUUAAUCAAAUUGAUAUUAACUGAUUACACUAAAGUUCUUUAUAGAGGGUUAAACAAUAUGCGUGCGCAGCUAACUAAUCCAAUUCUUCGUCUGCUCAAACAGAUAGUCAAUUUCAACAAUGGCCAACAUAUCGAGGAAUUAGUGUUAUAUUUUGAUUUUUCGCUACCUAUCUUACCUAGAUUAUUGUCACCAACCAAGUCUGAGCUAGCCAAUGGCAAUUCCUCUGCUAAUUCAUCUAAACAUGACUCAAUAAGGUUCACAUUUAUUAAGUUCUGGUUGGCAUUAAUUUCCAAUUCUUCCCCAGUUAUAAGAAAAGAACUUUUAACAGAAAAUUUUAAGAUUAUGAGCAACCUAUUCAAAUUCAUGAAUAAGGUUGAUUCUGAUAAGUUAUCUCAACACAUACUAUCGGUAUUCAUAAAUGAUAUUCUCAAAGAAAAGUCUUUCAAAAGAACUACGAAAACUAAAAUAUUGAAUGAAUUAGCGGCUUCAAAGAUUCAUCACUUUUAUUAUUCACCAAACAAGGACCUAGUUAAGAAGACGAAUGAGUUUUUCUUAACUUUUGGGGCUUCCCAUGACUUUAGUGUAGCAUUUCCUGAUAAUUCUGUUUGGUUCAAAAAUUCAGUCACUGACGGGGCCUCUCAUGGAGCACCGAUAACUGUUAACCAAGUGGAAUUUCAAAUUCACAAUAAACUUUUGUUCAAUACUUUACGUCUUUUCAAACCAUGGGAGGAUAUCCUACAGUUAGGUACGUUAAUCAAAAUACUGGAAAAUGUUCCAGAACUUGUAGCACCAUACAGCAUUUUUUUGACAAUGAAUGGUAACCAUGACCCCAAGAUGACUUCAUAUUGGUUUGGUACAACACUAUUAAUGAACAAGAUUAUUAAUCUAAGGAUACCGCAAUUUAUGGAGACUGUUGAUAGUGAUAUUCCACCCGCGACUUCAUUAGUUAUAGAAAACAUUUUGCCGUCUUUACUCACAAAAACUUCACUGACUAAAUCUUUACAAUUUGAGACGCCUAUUAUAAAACAAUUGGCUUGUCAUUCUAUAGUCUUAGCAUUCAAGAAAUUAGAAAAGGUUGCGUUACUUUAUGAUCGAAAAGGUUGGAAAAAUGAAAAGAAUACUCUAUUCAACGAGUUUAAUACUAGAAUGCCUGAUUUGCCAAUAUUUGUAUCUACCUUAAACAGCACUUUGACUGCCAAUAAAGAUAAUAAAAUAUUGCCAUUGUCCAUAUCCAUUAUAUUCAACUACUACAGUAGAGUAUUUCCUAACCUUUUUUCAAUAAACUUACCAUCAUCAAAUCUUUAUACAGGCAUUAUGCAAAAACCCAGGAUUUCCGGGAUAGAAUUUGCUAUUUUGGACAACUACUUACAAUUUCAAGAGUUCAACUCUACUCAAACAAAGUGGUGGAACCCAAGUCCUGGUGGAAAUUCUUUAUUUACGCUACUAUUAAAACUCGCAUCUUCCAAAAAUGCUUCAGACAUGAUAGCCACAAGAAUAUCAAACUUACUAGAUGAAUUAACAAGAGCAAAUGUUAUAUUCAACGUACCUUUGAUUUCUCCAGCAAUGGCCUUAGUGAACAGUCUUCAAGUGCUUUACCUUAAAGUCGGUGAAACAAGCAGUAUGGAAAAAAUUUGGAAGUGGUUCGAUGAAACUAUAUCUCGUGUCAUAAAAACGCCAUACAAGUAUGUUGACUUGGCAAAAGAUUAUAAUUAUAUUUCUCCAUUCAUAAUGGGACUUUCCGAACAAUGGAAAUACGUUGACAAGAAUAACGACUUGGAUUUUGUUAUCAAAUGGCUUCUACUGUUUUUUAGAAACAUGAUUCUCAUAGGUGAAGAUUAUACAGGCAUAAGAAAACUUGUCAAAGAUAAUUUUACUGAGGUGGCUGAACAUGAUGUGAACUUUUACUUGAAUCUAGAUUCCUUUGAAGAAAACGAUACGGAAACCAAUAACACAAAUUCCUUUUUUUCUUCAAUGAGGGACUUUUCUUUUUUCCAGUAUAUUUCGUCGCUUCCAUCUAAAGAAUUGACAAAUGUCUCUAAAUUCCCAGUGAGCAAAUUAGACGCGGCAGGAAUCCUUUUCAGAAUUCAGUUACUAGUCGAAAAUGAUUCCAUUGCUUAUGACGGUUGGUUCGAAGAAACAGUUUGCGAGUUAUUUGGUAAGAUUGCGAGUUACGUGGCGACAGAUACGGAAUUCCCCAUUGUCAGGGUUUUGGAAAAGUAUGUGAAAUUUGCUUUACCUAAGAUGACCGUUGACAAGAAAAAUACCUUACUCAUGGAAAAAUCAAGAUUAGUAUGCAAUCUAAUUGGUGCAGUAUGUUUCGAAACAGGUCACCAUUUGGGGGAAUUUCAAGAAUCAAUACGAAAAAUCGCAUUCAAUGGUCAGAACAUUGAAAAGCGUGCCAUUUAUAAUGAGUCUUAUCACGAAGAGGACAUAAAUCGCUUACUAACAAGCGUUAAUGAGUAUUUAAGCACUUCUGCAUUGACUUCGCUGCUCAUGCACGGCACUAAACUUGAGCCUACAAGAAAUAUCUUGAAAAGAAUAUUCAAUGAAGAAAAAACUAUAAAAACGUCCCUUAUCAAGAACAUACUGAACAAAACUUUAAACGAGGAUGCUGCUUUAAUUCAAGAAGUUAAUUUCAUUUUAGUCAAGUUUUUCGAGGAAAAUAGAGUUUGUGUUGAUGCUACAUCUGCUCCUGAAGAUAAAAUAUCCCUUUCAGAAACCACUACAUUGAUAAACAGCAUUAUUUCUAAUGAUUUGAAUUACCCAGUACUAGAAGCUUUUUACAAAUGGGAGCAUUUUUCUUUCGCAUCGUUUAUACCCAAUAUCGGAAAGAUCAAGAAUUUACCUUUGCUAAGUAUUGUAACAACGACCGCUUUGUCCAAGCAUAUGCAAGAUAAAAAUUUUAGCGCAUUUGUGCACAAAAUAAUUUCCCAAUAUGACGAUGACAUUGCCAAAUGUGCAUAUAGCACUACAUUAGAGAAAGACAUUUUUGAUGAAGUAGUAAACAUGAUUACCACUUAUAUUAAUUUAUAUGAUGAAACAAAAAAAAAGGCCAUUCUGGAAUGUCUGUUAGCACAGAGCGACCAUAGAUAUCAUGCUGCCACGGUGAAAUAUAUCACUAUACAAGAUGACUUUGCUUAUCCAGGAGUAGGAACAUGGUUAAAUAAAACACUUCUUUAUAUUACAAAGUAUCUUUCAGAAAGGACCGUUAUCUCCAGUGCUUUUUUCAAACUAUUAAAUGCCAUGAGCGAACUUUUAAAACGUGAGAAGGCAUCAAAUAGGCUAAAUUUUAAGAUAGUUAAUUCUCAGUUAGAGGGCAUUUUAGGCAGUAAGUGGAUUAAGAAAAUAGAGGUGCUCGAAUAUACCAAUAUAUUAAUUCUUUGUGUGAAUCGGAAGUCAAUUCAAUCACAAAGGAUGGUUCAAUUAUUAUUAAACAAUGAGAAUUACUCACCAAUAAUGAUCAAAGAUGAUGAUGAGGAUUCCUCGUAUCGGAAGUUCCUAAGUACGAUGAUAUUAUUUUCUUUAUUCAACAUUGACCCAGUCGCAAACUCUACGCCAAUUGUUCAAGAGAAGCUCCUAACUUUUUACUCAGGAACCAUUUCCAGUAAUGAUAAGUUAAUCAUUAAAAUGCUAGAAAGUAUCGAAUCUCACACCUCUAAUUCGUGGACAAAUUUGAUUUUUUCUUGGGAAUUCAUUAAAGAUGAAGACGAAGAAGUCUUGGAAGCCAUUGGAGAUGCAAGAUUAAUUAUCAAAGAAAGAGAAGGUUUGAUAAUAACACUACAAAGAAAGCUGAUUAAAAAAUCCAUUGACGGAUACGUAUUGGAAAGGCCCCAUAUCCCUAAAUUUUGCAGCUCCUCAAAUACAGAUAAUUAUGAUGUCGCUACAAGAUGGGAACUACUCAAGAAAUAUUAUGAAAACACUGAACGAUCUGGCACUGAUAUGUAUGAUCCACUGUUUUUGUUACUUUUGAUAAUUCAUAACAAAGAGUUAGUAAGAAUGGUCAAGGAUGGAGAUGGCAACGUAACAUACAAUUACGAGUUCGAAAACUUACUUGAUUCCAAAAUCUUUCAGUUUAUUAUAUGUUCAUUAAGUGAUUGUGACACCGUGACCAAUAUAAGUUAUGAACAUUUGGCGAACCUAGCAAUUUCUUUGGAUAGAAAAAAUUCAAAAACCAAUACUGAAAAAAGAAUCGCUGGAAAGGACAAUGGAGAAAAAGAAAUCGAUAGCGAUCUCAUGAAAUACAAUAGCAUUUACCAAAUAUUGAUCAAGAGGAUUUUAUAUCAGAAGCAGCAAAACCGAGAAGCAAUCAGGCCAUUGAUUUGGUUUUCUAUCUCCAGGAUUGUCGAUUUGUUGAGAACCCCAACUUCACCCUUACAUGAAAAGGCAUACCGUUGGGUAUUAUCAAAUUCUACUAUACAUGGUUGGGACAUUCCCAUGGUUUCUGAUGUAAUGAUGUCUUACAAUAAAAGACAGCAAGAUGAUAAUAAUAAGAAAGGGAUCGAGAUGGAGAUUUAUUAUGGAGAAUUGAGUUGGGUCUUAAUGACUAUUUGCAAGGGGAUCAAAACUGAUGAAGAUUACAAGAUGUUAGAUAAGAAAGGUGUAUUUGAGUGGCUAUUAAAUUUGAUAAACAUACCCUACUUGAAAGAAAGAUUACGCGAACUAAUAUAUUUCAUAUUCUACGAGGUUCAAAGAGUAGCUGAUGACGGUGGUUUGAAUUUGAUUAGCAGAAACGGUGUUGUCUCAUUUUUGGAGAUUUUGAACAAUAACAUCAAAUCUAGGUUACCACAGGACAAUAUAUUGAACAGCAUUGACAUUUUAAAGAAUGAAAACAAAGGUACACUAAAUGCUACUUCAAAGUUAGUUCAAGAACAGAAUGGGAUUGAGAAAUUGCUAUUAGGCUACAACGAGCUUGUCAAAUCACAGAAAAGAUUAAUAUUAUGGACAGAAGGAGAUAGUCACAAUAUUGUCAAGAGAUUACGCAAAUGA